AUGCAGAACUCUGUGCCAGAGGGGUCCAGUGAAAUGAGCGAGUUCACAGACCUGCAGUCCCAGCAGCCCCCAGGCUCACAGAAUUAUGGAGCUACUUCACCAACUACAAGUACUGCUCAGUUCUUACAGACAACAGGAAAAAUUUCAGCAAAGAGAUCUUACCUAGCAGUUGGUGUGCUGUGCUAUAUUAACUUACUCAACUACAUGGAUUGGUUUAUUGUACCAGGGGUGCUGGUAGAUAUAACGAAGUACUUCAACAUCAGUGAUAGCAUUGCAGGCUUACUGCAGACAGUCUUCAUCUUAUGUUUUUUGGUGUCUGCACCCUUCUUUGGAUACCUUGGUGACCGAUACAACAGGAAAGUCAUCCUCAGUGCUGGUAUCGUCCUCUGGUCAGGCGUGACGUUAGGCAGCUCAUUCAUCACUGAAUCGUACUCCUGGAUGUUCUUCGUUUCACGAGGAUUUGUUGGCUUCGGCACAGCCAGUUACUCCACCAUAGCACCUACCAUCAUUGCGGACCUGUUUGAGAAGGACCAAAGGACCUGGAUGUUGUCUGUCUUCUAUAUCUUCAUCCCAGUUGGAAGUGGUCUUGGUUAUGUUCUGGCAUCUAGUGUAACGCAGAUUGCUGGCCACUGGCAUUGGGCAUUCAGGAUAACUCCUUGCAUGGGUGUUGUAGCAGUGGCUCUUCUGAUUCUACUGGUCCCUAAUCCAACCCAAGAUGCAGCUGAAGGACAUGGAGGCCAGAGCAUCACUAGCACAACUCAGGGAGCAGAUAAGAAGCCCGGUGCCCAGAGUACUGCCCGCACGACCUGGUGUGACGAUGUCAAAUCCCUCAGCAAGAACCGAAGUUUCAUCUGGUCUUCAUUGGGUGUGACAGCCAUGGCCUUUGUGACUGGAGCCCUGGGAUUAUGGGUACCACUGUUCCUUGACAGGGCUCAGGUAGUCCAUGACCUUGUACCUCCAUGCCUUCAGGAGCCAUGCAAAUCUCCCAACAGCCUAAUAUUUGGAGGAAUUACCAUCGCGACGGGAAUUGUUGGUGUCAUCACUGGGGCAGCAGUUGCAAGAAGAUAUAAGAAGAUAAACACUAAGGCCGACCCUCUUAUCUGUGCUGUGGGCAUGUUCUCCUCUGCUCCAUUUCUCUAUCUGUCUAUCAUGCUGGCUGCGCGGAGCAUCGUUGCCACUUAUAUUUUUAUUGCACUUGGAGAAUUUUUUUUAGCCUUAAACUGGGCCGUUGUGGCUGACAUACUACUGUAUGUGGUGGUACCAAAACGCCAGUCAACAGCUGUUGCCUUGCAGAUUUUUGUGAGCCAUUUGCUGGGAGAUGCAGGCAGCCCAUACCUCACUGGAGUGAUCUCUGAUGCUCUCCAUACCAGGCAGAAUGACUCACACCUGGGGGCCUUCCGGAGCCUGCAAUACAGCUUCAUCUUGUGCGUCUUCAUUGAUGUCCUUGGGGGAGGCUUUUUCCUCCUGACAGCCCUUCAUGUUGAGGAAGAUCGUCAGGAAGCCCAGCAACUUUGCAGAGGUAUUGAGAACAAAGGCUACAUUUCAACUGAAGAUGAUCUCCAGGAUGAAGCGUGAAGGAGCCACUGCUUCCUUUCCUUUUGCCUGAUGAAGCUACAGUUGGAGGAAAAGGCCAAAUAACAAUCCCUCCAUAUGGAAAGAAAAACCUGCAUACUCAUUUUUAUGAUGCUUAUGACGGAAAGUCAAAAACUGCUACUGAAAUGGCAUAUGGCAAACCUCCACCUCCAUCUGUGAAACUGGCUCUGAGGAGCUUAGUAGCUCCAGAAGCCAGGAGUAUAGAGCUGUCACAGAAAUGGAUAUUAUCCCAAAGAAGACAAUCCCAUUUAAGGUGGAAUGUCUAGUUGAGCUGGGGGAUGGGGCUACUGUAAAUUCUCAGCAGGAUGAUGAGUUGUCUGUCUUAAAGCUUGGAAAAUCAGUGCAAAUAGAAACAUGGCUGAGGAUUCUGUAUCCAGGGCCGGCUCCAGGCACCAGCUGAGCAAGCUCGUGCUUGGGGCGGCAGAUUCUAUGGGGCAGCAUUCCGCCCAAACCUAGGGCGGCACGGUCGCUUUUUUUUUUUCCGCUGCUCUGGCCGCCCUGUAGGAGGCGGCAGCGCAGAGGAGGGGAGCGCCCUGCAGCAAACUCGGCAGGGCAGCCCGCGUCCUUCCCUCCCUGCCGACUGGAGCGGAGCAGAGCCCUUCCAGCAGGUGGCGCAGUGGUCGGGGCUGCGGGGUGAGUGCGCCACUGAAGCACUGGCUGCCCCCUUCUCUCUCUCCCCCCCACUCCCUCCCCUUC